AAAAAAAGCCAAUAGGGGUAUUUUAAUAUUUAUUUAGGGUUAUUUCACAACUUUAGAUAAUUAUAAGAGGGCUGAUAAGGUUUCGCAAUAGCUUUGUCCCUUUGUGUGUUUGUCCCUCUCCUUACAGCGGCAAUGAUAAUCCACACGUUUUUCUUGAUGGAUUUCCUUUUCCCUUCCGAGGCUGGCUUUCUUUUGCUUUUCGGAGCCCUGUCCCUCCCCUCUGAUCCCCCUCCCUCAUUACAUGUUGACCGGUCAGUCCUGCCUCCUUCUUUCCCCUCGUCUUUUUCUCUGCCUUCCAGGCUUCAUGUCAUACCACAGCUAAUUCCUGAAAUUCCAGCCCUCCAUUGCGCUUCCAAGGGGGUACAAAUACUGAUAUUUCUUCACAGAAACCUGCCCCAAAAAAUUCCACUUCCCUGCCUGACCCACCCACCGGUGUUGUCUGUUGCUUGACCUUCAACAGGAUCACUCUCCCCUGUCUUGUUCUGUCAUUGGCCCCUGGAAGACACCAUCUACACCCCACCCCAACCCCCUUCCCCCUCCUGGGUCUACCCCCCCGAUCCCUCCAACCCCAGCCCUGUCCUGUGGUCCCCCCCUGCCCCCACCACGUCUGCGGAGUGGGUGCCGGCCCCCUCCCCUGGGGGCAGCAGUGAGGAGCUGAACGAGCCUCUGGACAAGGCUCUGGAGAACGAUGCGGAGGGCGUGUGGAGCCCUGACAUCGAACAGAGCUUCCAUGAGGCCCUGUCCAUCUACCCGCCCUGCGGACGCAGGAAGAUUAUCCUCUCCGACGAGGGAAAGAUGUAUGGACGAAACGAACUGAUAGCACGGUACAUCAAGCUACGCACAGGGAAGACGCGGACAAGAAAGCAGGUGUCCAGUCACAUCCAGGUGCUAGCGCGACGGAAGGCCCGGGAGAUCCAGGUGAAGCUGAAGGUACGCUACGGUGCUGACUAUAAUGGAGAGCGUGACCUGACCCCUGGGCCUUGCUGUGUGUGUCUGCAGGACCAGGCUGCCAAAGACAAGGCCCUCCAGAGUAUGGCCACCAUCUCCGCCACCGCCUUCCAGAACAAGAUGGCUCUGCAGGGGCUGUCCAGGCCACCGUACCCCACUGCUGGUGGUUUUUGGCAUGGCGGUCCUGAAGACAUUAAGCCCUUUUCCCAGCAGAGUUACGCCAUGCAGACGUCCGGCCCACCCCCCAUAACAGGCUAUGAGAGCAUGGCAGGCCUGUCCAUGUCACCGGGCGCCCCCCCGUGGCAGGGGCGGAGUAUCGCCAGCUCCAAACUCCGCAUGCUGGAGUUCUCUGCCUUCCUGGAGCAGCCUCAAGACCCAGAGACCUUCAACAAGCACCUGUUUGUGCACAUCGGUCAGUCCAACCCCACCUUCAGUGACCCUUACCUGGAGGCAGUGGACAUCCGUCAGAUCUACGACAAGUUCCCUGAGAAGAAGGGAGGGCUGAAGGAGCUGUUUGAGAAGGGGCAGCCAGACACUUUCUUUCUUGUCAAGUUCUGGGCCGAUCUGAGUGCCAACCUGCAGGAAGACAGAGGUUUCUUCUACGGCGUGUCCAGUCAGUACGAGAGCUCUGAGAACAUGAUCAUCACCUCCUCCACCAAGGUCUGCUCCUUUGGAAAGCAAGUGGUGGAGAAAGUAGAGACGGAGUAUGCACGGUUUGAGAAUGGGCGGUAUGUGUUCAGGAUCCACCGGUCCCCACUGUGUGAAUACAUGAUCAACUUCAUCCACAAGCUCAAACACCUGCCAGAGAAGUACAUGAUGAACAGUGUAUUGGAGAACUUCACCAUCCUGCAGGUUGUGAUCAACAGGGACACACUGGAGACCCUGCUGUGUAUAGCCUAUGUCUUUGAGGUGUCUACUAGUGAGCAUGGAGCCCAGCACCAUAUUUACCGGCUGGUCAAAGACUGAGACAGCCCUGUGGACAGAGAACCACUAUAGACCAACAACACCCCAACCAUGGACAAUCUCCGCUGUAAGCUGCAAGCACAAUACGAUUGUCUGUCAGGACCCAAAGAAGCACUGGGCGGGUUGCUUGCCCAAUGAAACUAAUGUGGAAGAGUUGGCUUGGGAGCUGGAGUGAACUAUACCACUGUUAUGUGAAAGAGGAGCAGAGGGUGGGAACCUUCAUUGUGGUAUAUCUGUAUGUACAAGGGGAGCCAAAUGUCAAGACAAUGCAUGAGAAAUUGUUGUUUUUCAUCUCAUUUUACUAGUGCUUGCUUGUUUUGAUUUAGUUUCAUUUUAGACAGCUGCAUGAGCGGGAUUUGUUUUGUCUAUGGGCGCCACCUAGUGACUUCUAAUGUAUAUUACACAGGGCAAGAGGACGAAAGGAGAACUGGAAAGCAAGACUGCACAUUAAUAGUAUUGUUUUGGUGCCAAUGUUUAUUAUUUGAGUAAAAAUAUGUACAGUACCACAGCUAUCUCCCCUGAAGAAUAAUCUCUAUUGCUGAAAAUGAGUGAAGAUUAUGAUUUAAAUAAAUAUUGUAUCUGCCUAGUUUGAUGAUCAAAUUAAAUGUUGGACUAUUGUUGAAUGAAAUUGAGCACAACUCACAUACAGUAGAUAACUCUGCUUGAACCUGACUCUGGGUUGAAUCUGCUAUCUGUAAUUGAAGUUGACUAGCUACAGUAUGAAGAAACUGUAAUCUAUCUUUGGCACUGAACUGGAGUUUAAGAUGGAAUUACCCUUCACAUAUCAUACUUAACAGAUCAGGUUGCUUGAUUUUUGUUCCUAAUGUGAUCUAUUGAGACUAAUAUAUGAACAUGUCAUACUAUUGUUAUACCUGUAAUAAAACGAUGAUACAAA